AUGCAAAGGUAAGGAAACUUGAGCAAAAGUUUGAAAGGCUGCUUGUUUUGUGCCUGUGAGCUGAAGGAGAGACUUUGUAGGGGGGCAGGGGGUGCUGUCUGCAUUUGCGAGGUCGAACUGCCAAACGUUUCAUAUUAAAGAUAGCAGUGCAACUCGAAUCAUCUGAACUCUGGGUCCGGUGUCACUGUACGUGUAUGAAAGAACACUGACGGCUAGCUUUCGUUCGGUAAUACUGGAUUGCUCCAGGGCAAUCCUGAGGCUUGAAUUGAGGGGAGGGGAGGAUAAGUUGAAACUAAAGAGAGAGAGAGAGAAAGGAAAGCCUUCUUGUAAAAGAUAACUCUGGAAUUUGCUGCCACAAGCUGCAAAGGCAGCUCCUCACAUGGAUGGCUUUAAAAGGGGACAAGUCCCAUUCAUACAGGAGGAUGAGAGGUCUGCUAGUGGCUAUGAGACUUGAUGGCUAAAGAAUGGAACUUCCAGAUUUAGAGGAAGUCUACCUCCAAAUCCCAGGUGUAGUGGGUGGGGGAAGAAGAAGAAGAAGAAGAAGAAGAAGAAGAAGAAGAAGAAGAAGAAGAAGAAGAAGAAGAAAGAGCAAUUGUUUUCAUGCCCUUCACGUGAGCUAUUGCACUGCUGGAAAUAGAAUGAUCGGCUUAAAGCACCAUCAGUUCAGCAGGGUUCUUUUCUACUUUGUGGUGCAUUUAUCUCAUUUUAGAGCAGCCUCCCUAACCUGUGGCCCUCUAGAUAUGAUUGGACCCAACGCCCUUCAUCCCUAACCAUUAGCCAUACUGUGUGGGGCUGGUGGGAGUUUGGGAGUGCAGCAAUAUCAGGAGGGCAGCAGGUUGAGAAGGCUGGUGCAGACUCUAGACUUACUGGCCUUAUGCCCCCACUGUUUAGAUGACAAUAAUAUGCACAACUUCAAAAUAUUGUAACCCAGCCCUGCUGUAUUUGGGGCUCCUCUUGCUCAGUUUUGCUGAUAGAGUCCUUGGGCAUCUGCCCUAACAUUCUGACCUGAUGGUUCCCCUGGUUCUCUAGUGCCUUUAUGUCCUCCUUUUCUUUUAAUAGAAAGUGCUGGAUCUGGAUGAAGAGGUGCUUUUCUUCAUGGGAUAUUAAAAGCAAUAUUUAACAUUUGUGUGGAUGAAUCACAAUACCUUUUGUUUUUGCAAGUAAAGUGCAACUUUUCUUUUAUUUUUUUUAAUGAUUUAGGCUUGCUACCUUAAAAACACACCCCAAGUUUUUAACAGAUAAUUUUGGCUUUUUAUUCUAAUUUCAAGUUUCUUAUCAUUUGAACUAACUGGGGGCAGAGGAGACUGGAGAGAUGGAAAAGUGCACAUUUAUUCACAGACCUGCGGAGAACAAUAAAGCACUGGGGUGGGGGAUGGGGACAUGUUGUUUCAGAACCUGUUGCCUGAGCCAAGUUGAACUUGGAAAACCCAGUUCUGUGUAUCGCUCAUUGCUCAGAAUGGCGGGGGUUGAAAUCCUUGGACGGCAGCAACGGUGCAGAGAACAGAUGAUUGUGUUGUUGCUCAGGCUUCCUGUUCCUGAUAACACAAUGGACCGGGUUAGCUAAUGAUCAUCUGUCAAUUAGGGGCUCUUUGGUUUGCUAAGCAGUGGGAGCAGAAUGGAGAGGAGCUGGAAAAUACUGACAGGUGGACAUCUGCUGUUGUUUGUUGCCAUCCCAAGACAGGUUUGAACGUGGCUUUCAUUUUGGGACCAUCCCUCCUCUUAACGUAAACUAGCACAAUGUUAAUGUUCUGGAAAAGUGACCAAAAUGUGGAAUGUCAGGACAGGGUAAGGAAAUUGUAGCCCUCCAGAUGUUACUGGGUGGGUGGACUACAGCUCCCAUCAUUCAUGGUUGUAGGCAUGAUGGCUGCCGGGGCUGAUGGGAGAUAUAGUUCAACAACAUCUGGAGGGCCACAGGUUCUCCAUCGAGAAUUGCACAUGUGGUUUCAUGAUUGGUGGCAGAAACUGUCAUGAAGUCCUUGUCUCAAAAUCCCAUUGAAAGGAACCUGGACGAGGGAUAGCUCAAUUGGUAGAGUAAGAGACACUUGAUCUCAAGGUUGUGGGUUUGAGCCCCACCUUGGACAAGAAGAUUCCUGUAUUGCUGGUGGUUGGACUAGAUGACCCUUGUUCUCCCUUCCAACUCUUCGAUUCUAUGAUUCUAUGGAAAGAAGGUCGGGUAAGCACAACAUGAUUGUUCCAAUGGGUCUUGCUUGGGGCACAUUUUCAGCAGGGCUGUGGCCAGAAUUAUUAGGGAUACUGUAAAUAAUCUAUAGGGACGCGGGUGGCGUUGUGGGUUAAACCACAGAGCCUAGGACUUGCCAAUCAGAAGGUCGGCAGUUCGAAUCCCCGUGACGGGGUGAGCUCCCGUUGCUUGGUCCCUGCUCCUGCCAACCUAGCAGUUCGAAAGCACGUCAAAGUGCAAGUAGAUAAAUAGGUACCACUCUGGUGGGAAGGUAAAUGGCGUUUCCAUGCACUGCUCUGGUUCGCCAGAAGCGGCUUAGUCAUGCUGGCCACAUGACCCGGAAGCUGUACGCCGGCUCCCUCGGCCAGUAAAGCGAGAUGAGCACCACAACCCCAGAGUCGGUCACGACUGGACCUAAUGGUCAGGGGUCCCUUUACCUUUACCUAAAUAAUCCAUAAGAGCAUAACAGGAGUCCUGCUGAGCCAGACCAAAAGGUCCACCUAGUGUAGCAUUCAGUUUCUCAAAAUGGCCAAUCUUAAGCUCCUAAGAUGCCCACAAGUAGGGCAAGAAAACAACAGCCCUCUCUAGUUGUUGUUCCCCGGUAGCUGGCAUGCAGAAAUAGAGUGCCUCUGAACAUGACAUUUCCAUGCAACCAUCAAAACUGAGUAGCCAUUGAUAAACUCACCCUCCUGAACCUGCCUAAUACUUUACCCUUAAGAAGAAUCUCAGUCAGCAACCGUCUCUCUCUGUCUUGUGGCAGAGAAUCCCAUACAUUAAUUGCACAUUGUGCAAAGAAGUACAUUCUUAUCGGUCCUGAACCUACUGCCAGUGAAUUUAAUUGGAUGACCCCGAGUUCUAGUAUUAGGAAAGUGGAAGGAGGGGUGGAAGUAAGUCUCUUAUCCACUUUUCCAACACCAUACAUAAUUUGAUAAACCUCAAUCAUGUCCCUCACCAAGAUACUCCCCGCCCAACUGAAAAGCCCCAAAAUGCUUUUGGCUUUUCCUUGCAGGGAAGGUGCUUUAUCCUUCCAAGAUGGAUAUAGGAAACUGCCUGAUGCUGAGUCACACCCCGUGGUCCAUCUUGCUCAGCAUUGUCUACACUGACUGGCAGUGCUUCUCUGGGAUUUCAUGCAGGGGGUCUCCCCUCUUCCUACCUGGAAAUGAUGGGACUUGAACCUGGGACCUUCUUCGUACAAAGCAGGUGCUCUACCAGCUGAGCUACAGCCCUUCCCAUCAUUUUGGUGGACCUUUUCCAGCCUUACAAUAUUCUGUUGGAGGUCUCUGAGUACAAGUUGCUGGAAAUCACAGGAGUGGUUUCCUGUCACUUUCAUGUCCUGCUUUUGGGCUUCUCAUUGGGGCUUCUGGCUGGCCACUGUGAGAGCAAGAUGCUGAACUUGAUAGUCCACUUGCCUGAUCCAGCAGGCUAUUCUAGGGGCCGUCUAGAUGUUGCUGGACUACAACUCCCAUCAUCCCUGGUCAUUGAACAUGCUGUCUGGGGAUGAUGGGAGUGGUUGUUGUUGGCUGUACCAGACCAAUGGGCUAUCAAGUUGAACAUCUUGUUCUCACAGUGGCCAACCAGAUGCCUUCACUAGGAAGCCCAAAAGCUGGACCCAAGCACAAGGGCACUCUUCUCUCCUGUGGUUUCCAGAAACUGGUAUACAGCCACUGACUAUGAAGCCAAAACAUUGUGGGGGGCACUAGGUUGGGGAAUCAUGCUCUAGCUCAGUAUGACUGGUAGCAACUCUCCAGGCUCUCAGAUAUAUAAGGACUUUUCUCAGUCCUUCAACCUGAAACCAUUGCAGGUCAGAGUGUCAGGAAUUUUAACCCAUGACAUUCUCAUUCAAAGAAGACACAGCCAGUGAGGUAGAAGCUCAGAAAAGGUUAGCUGACGGGGUGUCCUCCAGAAGUUCUGGACUACAGCUCCCAUGAGCCCAAACCAGAACAGGCAAUGGUCCAUGAUGCUGGAAGUUGGACUCCACAACAUGUAGUAGGUACUAUGUUGGCUACUCCUAAGCCAGAGAGAUCAAUCAGCCAGAGAGAGAGGACGAGAGGGGGAGAGAGAAACCCUAAACUCUGAACUCUAGAAGAUUCAAUAUAGGCAAAAGAAAGGACUUCUUCAUGCAACACUAUGGAACUCAUUACCAAGGAGGAGGCAGUGAUGGCCAUCAGCUUGGAUGCUUUUAAAAGAGGAUUGGGAGAAAUUCAUGGUGGAGAAAGCUGCCAGUUACUAUUAGCCAUAAUGGCUGUGUUCUAGCUCCACAGCAGUACGCCUGUCUCGGUUGCUGGAAAUCACAACAGAGGAGAGUGUUGUUGGGUUUCUCUUUGGAGCAUGUGGUUGGCCAGUGUAAGAACAGAUUGCUGGACUAGAUGAGCCACUGGCCUGAUCCAUGAGGUUUCUUCUUACAUUCAUAACCACUCAGCUCCCUCAAAUGACUGCCACUUUUCUCGAAGAUGGAUUUGAAUGAAAUUCUUCCCUUCCAUCAGAGGGUGCCCUGCUUGCCUCUGCAUCCCUGCCAGACAUCAGUCAGCCCAAGGCUGUUCCAAAUCCCACCACCUCUUUGCCCUUUCUAGGUGAAAAACAACAUUCAUUGUGUUCCUGGCAUGUGAAAAACUAACAAACCCCAAUGUGCUGUUUUUUGUUUUAUUUUUUUCUAAAAAAACAGAUCCCACUCCCAUCUGCUGCAUGCAGGAAAUAUGGGGGUGGAAGAGAUAGAAAAGCUUGUUUUAUUCCUAGGUGCUGGAGUCUUUUUGAAAAGGGCUGAGAAAUGUGUGUCAAAGACCUCACUCCUGCUCCUUCCAAAACCACAGGUCCCCAAAGCCAUUGGCUGGGAGCAAGCCAAGUCCACUAGCCCUUGGCUCAGCUCAUGCACCUCCAUGCUCAGUUUGCAGAAUCCAGGAGCAUCUUGGGACUGAGUUCUUCGGCAUGAUGUUUUCAAGAGCCCAGUGAAUCUAUGAGUCCUGCAAGCUUCUUCCCUCCCUCCCCGACAGCUGGACCAUGGACAACCCAUCAAAUCCUCUCUCUGUCAUUUUAGCAAGAGUGCAUAAACCACCCCCUCCCCCCAAAAAACCUCAAUAGCAGAGGCAAAAGGCCCAAGAGCUAAUCCUGUAGCCAACCCCAGCCAGCUGUAGAACUUGCUGCAUGCCAGUUGGAUCUUUAAGGGUCAUUUGGAAGAGACAAAGGCAAAAUCUGCCAUUGAAUUACCCAGCCAGCCUGCUUUCAGCGGACUCCCCUAAUUUGUUUUCUUCUCUCUGCCUGGCCCUCCCCGUCUUCUCCCUCCAGCUGCCUGAAGCUCGUGCGCCCAGCUAGCUUAGAGGAAUUAUAGAUGGUAUGAAAAGGCAGAGGGGUCUGCUUGAAAAGCCUCCUCUAAGGAUGCUCUCCCCCAAGCACCUGCAGAUCUAUUCCAAUUAGGGGCUGCUUGCAAAGUGUGAAUUGUGCCCCAGUCUUAGGAAGUCAUGUUCAGGGACAGACGUGGCAGGCAGGCAGGCAAGCAGCAGCUCUGCUGUUUUGACCUGGCUUUUUCCCUCCCAUUGUGAGCUGCCUUGACAGAUAAGCUUGCAUCAAAGGCAAAUUUCGGUGCUAUUAAUGCUGGAACAGCCGUAACUAUGAAAGUAGAGGUGGGCGAUGCUACUUUUGUUUGUUUGUUUGUUACAUCAAUUCAUUACAGUUCACCGAUUUUAACAAGAUGGUAGCAAGUCUUUGUCUUCAUAAGGUCCACUGUUUCAUGACAGAACAGAACCUGAUCUGGUGGAAAAGAUCAAGAAGUUAAUGGGAGAGAUUCUGCCUCUGCUUUGGAUACAGAAUCAGCAGAGCCACAUGUUACUUAUUCUGGCUUAUCUAUAUAGCAUCAUCAGGUUACAUGGCAUCUUACUGAGUAGUGCUAGAGAGAAAACAACCAACCAACCAACCAACCAACCCACAGGCCUUUCUGCUGCAAGAUGUUAACAGUCUCUCUCUUUUUUAUAUAUAUAACUUUUUUUUUUACAUAAUUUUAUACAUUUUAACUUUAACCCUUUCAAACAUUUGAAUAAAAGGUUCUAUUGAACCUUUGGACCUCCUUCCCUCCCUCCAUGGGUUCCAUAUUCAAGAUAACAGUUUCUGCAUCUUUUUCCUUUAUCCAUAUGUUAAAUAUCUAUAGUUACCAUAAUUAAUUCCACAUUACAGGUGUCAUUAUAUCCCUGCCAAUGAUUUUAACUGUUUACAGUGGUCUUUUAAAUAAAUUAAGAAUUUACUCCAGACUUUUAAGAAUACAUGCUCUUCCUGGUUUCUGAUGUUCCCCAUCAGUUUCACCAUCUCUGCGUACUCCAUCAGUUUUGUCCUACAUUCUUCUCUUGGUACUUCUCCUUCCUUCCAUCUCUGGGCUAGAAGCAUUCUCGCUGCUGUUAUUGCAUACAUAAAAAGUCUUUUAUCCUCUUUUGGUAUCUCUUCACCUAUUAUACCUAACAGAAAAGCUUCUGGUGUUUGGUUUUUUAACAAAUGUGUUUUUAAACAUUUUCUUUAAUUCAUUAUAUAUCAUUUCCCAGAAAGCUUUUACCAGUGUACAUGUCCACCACAAAGCUGUUUACAGUCUCAAUUAGAGCCGAUUGGAGCACCUAUCAAGCCUAAAUGUAGUACACAGUCUGUUUUCAAUGAGGGGAUCACAUAGGUAAAUCUGGGCGGCUGAGGGCAGACUGAGGUUGCCGAAGCAGUGCCCCCUUCACUUAAUGGAACCAGACUCCACUGCUGGAUUAUAAAUUGAAUUUUUUUUUCAUUUUUAUUUUUGCAUGCAGAAAGCAGUGGCGGGCUUUGGGCUCUCAAAUAUCAGCGGCCCUGUGUGACGCUAAAAUUCGGCGCCCCCCACCUCUUGCUCUCCAUUCAGCAGCAUUGUUGUAGUGCCCCCUGCAGUCCAGCGCCCAGUGCCACUGCACGGGUCAUGCCAGUCUUAAACCACCUCUGCAGAAAAACACCUUCAGGGAGUUUUACUGCCAAGAAGAUACGGUCAAUGACAGACAUUGUUUUCUUUUCCAGCUUCUCCAGCUUAUCAUAAAACAGCCAGCAAACAAGCAAACUUGACUAAGCCUGCUCUCCGUCUGCUCUCUGACUAUUUAUUUUCCAACUACAAAAAGGAUGUCCGUCCUGUUCGGAACUGGAGGAAGACCACCAAUGUGGCUAUCGAUGUCAUGGUCUAUGCCAUCCUGAGUGUGGUAGGUCUUCUCCUACAUCUCUCUCAAGUGGUCCAGGUUUCCUGUUCCCAUGGAUCAAUGUGGGCAUGUUUACAGACAUGAUCCACCUGAAUUUAGGUAGCCCUCGCCAUUUCCCAGGGAGUUACAACAUUUUUAUUUAUUACUAUUAUUUAUUAAAUUUCUUUACCACCCUUCAUCCGAAAAUCACAGGAGGUUUACGAUAUAAAAACACAAAAAUGCGUAACGUAGCAACAAAUGAAAACAAUACGUUCCCACUUGUGUACAGGUUUUCUGCUUCGGGCAUUUAAAGAAGCUGGUCUCCACAAUGUUUCACAUCAGUAAUGGGGAGCACCUGUGCCCCCCCCCCCGAUGCUGGAGUAUAAUUCCCAUCAUCCCUGACCAAUGGCUAUGCUGGUUGGGGGAGAUGGGGAGACUGAUGGGAGUUGGAUCCCAGCAACAUUGGGGUGUUUGUGUUUGUUUGUGUGCGUAUGUGUGACAAAAACUUCCCAUCCCUGAUUCACAUGACAGAAUUGGAAUUUAUCUGUUGAUUUUAGGGACUAAUGAAAGAGGAGGGGUUCACUUCUAAAGCAUCACUUAGGAUUCUUUCAUACACUGUUUUUCUCUCUCCAGAUGGGUACAUCCAUGGUGUGUUUCUAUGCAUGUAAAAAAAUGCAAAAUGUGGACAGUACUGAACUUAUGUGUUCCAUCAGCUCAAGGAUUUCCACUUGUGCAACAGAACUCCCCUUCUCCUCCUCCUGUGUAUGCCCCACAACCUCCCUAUGUAGGGUUGGGAGAACUUUCAGAACAGAUUUAGGGGUGCAAGGGUUGAGGAGAGGACAGAGGGGAAGUUUCCUUGCACAAGCAGAAAUCCUUAUUCUGGUGGAAGGUGCUGCUGAGUGCUAUGCUGGGUACACCCUGUAAAUAUACCAAAAAGUCUGAAAACAUAGGCAUGUUAGAGAUAUAGUGCUGGGACUGGCUGCUUCUUCUUAGUGUGCCUGCAUGCACUGUGUUGGUUGUUGUCUGAUUGCUUAUGGGGGCUCCUUGCAAAUUCUUUAAGGUGUCACCAGCCAGCCUGCAGCCAGCCAUAUUGGGAGGUCAUUAGUAGAACCUACCCUUUGGUUUCAUUAGCCUGAUCUCUGCUUCUCUGUUUUCAACAACAGGAUGAGAAAAACCAAGUCCUGACAACGUAUAUCUGGUACAGACAGGUAAGAAGGCUGUGCCAAUGGGAGCAAUUUGUUCUCCUCCUUUCCUGCCCAACCCCUUUGACCUAGCAGCUGCUCAUCACUGACACCACAUAGGUCUCUUGAUUCCUAGGAUGCAAUCUUCCAUUCACUGGACUCCAUAGUCUCCCUCUGCUGCGCUGGCUUCUGCAGACUAUGGCUAGGGUUCUGUACUGGAAAGCUAGGCAGCAUCUGCCAUGAGCACUAAGCAUUUGACAGCAUAGAGAGGCAAUUAAGCCCAAUUUGCUCCUGGUGUUCAGACUUUGUUUUUGGCAUCAUACUGCCUCUAGAGACAAUGGUGUGCACCUCUGGGGGAGAAGUCACACCACUGCAUUAGUAGCACAAUUGUUACCUUGGGGCACAAGCCUGGGCUAGGCUACCACACUGAUGGUUUGUACAACAAUUUAGAAUGUCACUAUUCUGGGUACCAAAGGAAGAAGGAAGUUUGCCCCACAGCAUGUUUGAGGGAUGAAGUAGCAUAGGAGGGAAGAUGAGAGCAUAUGAUGUGAGCAGCUUAUAAAUAAAACAGGCCUCACCCUUAGAGGUGCAGGUGGGUCAGAAGGCUGCAUCUUACAAUAGAAAAAAGAAAAGAGAAGCAUGCUAAAGGAGAAAAAAAUGAAUGAUAGGUAGCAUCUUGGCUCCCACCCAACACAGACAGAGGCUAUUACUUGGAAGUAAGGAAGGUAUAUUUAUGCAGACAAAUAAUGGUACAGGCUCAGCAGCAGAUAUGCUGCUUGAGAGUCACAAUUUAGGAGCUAAAAAGCAGGGCCAGAAGUUCAGAACUGGACAGAAGUGAUGGAGAUGUCCCAACAAGAUCCCCCACCUCUCCUGCUUUUAAAGAUGAGGUGAGGCAAGGCAAGGCAAGGCAAGGCGUGUUCACUCACAAGACCUUGUGGUGCCUUGUGGUGAUGUUGAGCUUGCCGGCAAACACUCUGUUGAGGCAGGUGGGUCUGCUUCCAUCUAAGAAGGUGGUGCUUAGUUCUAGGUGACAAGACUGGAACCUCUUGUGUAGGCUUCUGUUCAGCCUUCCCUUUUGGCUGAUCAAAGCCCCCCACAGCCUCCACUGAGGCUCUCCGCUCCACAGAAAUCUCAGUACCCCUGCUCCCACUUUCAAAGUGACUGAAAUGGGGUGGAAAGUGAAGAAUUCCUCUCCUCUAACCCAGGUUCACACAGGGAGGGGGGAAAAAAAAAAAGAAAACUCAGCCACAAGUUUCUUAAAUAAAAUAAAAAUAUUCCUUCCUUCCUUCCUUCGAGACCAACUAAGCUCAUACCAAUAACAAACUUAGUUGGUCUCUAAGGGGCUAUUGGAAGGAAUAUUUUUAUUUUGUUUCUACUACGGCAGACCAACACGGCUACCUACCUGUAAAAGUUUCUUAAAGUUACAGUUAAACAGUUAUAUAGCUCUGUCUGUGCACGUCUUGGCUAUCUAAGAGAUUGGCAACUCUCCAGAGCCAUUUUUUCCUCAAAUCAGAUCCCAGAAUAGAAUAGUUGACACCUACCCACAAGUGGUUCAGCACAGCACCCCACCUACUUAUUUCCAUCUACCACUGUGUCAGAUCCUCCCCUCUGUUUUGCAGCACUGGAUAGAUGAGUUUCUGCAGUGGAAUCCAAGGGACUUUGACAACAUCACCCAGAUGUCUGUCCCUACUGAGGCCAUCUGGGUCCCAGACAUUCUUAUCAAUGAAUUGUAAGUGCACCAUCCUUCUUGGGUUCUCCCCCCCCCCUCUUUCCACAUUGGAGGCCAAAAAUGUGGGAUGGAAGAGAAUGUGAGGAUUUAUUUCUGUUCUCUCACCGUUCCUCCCUUCCCAAGCCAACCUCUCCACUUUGUAUUCUUGACAAUGCUUUUCCUCUGGCUUGCCCCUCUGUGUACUGUAUAUUGCAGAUGGGGAGAAGGCUGAGAAAUUGGGACGGUUCCAGUAGUGGAAAACUAUAAACACUCAUAAUUACCCUUGCUGUGUUGGGCGUGGGAUUCAAAUUUUCUGAGGAGAGAGAGAGAGAGAGAGGGAGAGACAAUGGAGGGGCAGCUGUGGAGCCGUCAAUGCAUACUUGGAAGAGAGGGAAAGAAGGAAGGAAAGGCGGGAGGAUGGAGCUAUUGUUCUAAACCACCCUCCUUCUAUUGUGACCACUGGAAGACCUAAGCAAGGAUCAGAAAGCCCCUUUGGAGAGGAGAGGAAAAUUCCUUUUUCGUAUUCAUGUUUGUAAGGUAAACAGCUUCAUUGGAAAAUGGCUGCAUUAUUUUAAUGGGUCAUCACAAGAGAGAACCAACUUGAGAAAGUGGAAAAGGAGAAUUACAGGGUUCAUAGGAAGCUGUUUAAUACUGAGCCAGACCUAUGGUCCAUCUGUGUCUAGUGUGGUAUAGCGGUCAGAGUGUUGGACUAGGAUCUAGGAGACCAGAGGACAAAUGAAAAUCUAGGGUAGGAGAGGAGGAAUGUGGUAGAGCGGCUAGAAUCCUGAACAGGGAGCAUGCUGCAAUGUUUUGUUACUGGUAACCACUUGUAGCUCAGCAUCUGGAAUCUGGGAUGGAGGAGUUCCAUCGCUUGGUAGGUUUUGACUGCAGCCCAAAUGGUUCAUGUUCUCUCCCCUCACUUUGGCUCCCCCACUCUCUGUUUCCUGCAGUGUGGAUGUGGGGAAAUCCCCCGAUAUUCCCUAUGUUUACAUCCUCCAUCAUGGGGAAGUGCGGAACCUCAAGCCUGUCCAGGUGGUCACUGCCUGCAGCCUGGACAUCUAUAACUUCCCCUUUGAUGUGCAGAACUGCUCUCUGACCUUCACCAGCUGGCUGCAUAACAGUACGUGAGCAGUUGUGUUGCUUUUGCCCUGUGGCUUGUUGCAUGCUGGGAGAAGAGGCCGACUGACCAAGCUAAAUAGGAAGAGGCUCCUACUCCCUGGCUGCCAAGCAUCUCCCCUCAACCUCCUCCCUGCAGAAUAGGCUUGUCAAUGGCUGCUUAUUGUGAUGGCUAAAUACAAGCAUCAUAUAUACAUACAUGCUUCCUACCUCCAAGUAGCAGAUACAGGAGCAAACUGUUAGAGGUGUGAGUCUCCCAGGAAUAGAGCACUGAAUAGAGCACCCACAUCCUCACCACAUGUUUCAAGCACUAUGAGACCAUUUUAAAGAAUUCUGGGAGCUGUAGUUUGCUAAAGAUGCUGAGAGCUAUUAGGGGAUCCCUAUUCCCCUCCCAGAACCACAGUUCCCAGAGUGGUUUAACAAGCAAUCCCUGUUCACAGGGAACUCUGGGAAGUGUGGCCCUGGGAGAGGAAUAAGGAGUCUCCUAACAACUCCCAGGACCCUUAACAAACUACAGCUCCCAGAAUUCUUUGGUAGAAACCAUGACUGCUUAAAAUGGUAUCAUAGUGUUUUAAAUGUAUGGUGUAUAUGUGGCUUAAGACAGACCCUUUUAUGUGAUCCAACUUGGCAGAUACUAUGGCCACCAAUACCUUUUAAAUGAACCUGAUUCUCACAUGGUCCCAUUCCUUCAAGUGCUAGGCAUGCACUCAUCUUAGCUUGUUGAGUUGUGGCCCAUUCAGCUGGCAUUUCAGUGACUAACAACAACAACAACAACGCAUUUUUCCAUCUAUAAGAUGCCCCCAUGUAUAAGAUGCCCCCUAUUUUUGGGGACUCAGAUUUAAGAAAAUGGGAGAGAUGGUCCAGAGUAUGACGCCCCCUAAUUUUUGACAUUAUUUUAAAGGGGAAAAAACCUAGUCUUAUACACGGAAAAAUACGGUAUUUAUAUGCCGCCCAUCUGACUGGGUUGCCCCAGCCACUCUGGGUGGCUAAUAUCAUGGGCUCUCAUUUUGGAACCCGCUAUGUGGGGUUUUCAUGUGUGGCCAUCAGUCCAAAGUUAUGUCUUUGAUGGGACACACAGAAAGGUCAUCAAAUCACUUGGAGAUGGGUGUAGCAUGGAAAAGGGAGGGGAUUCCUGCAGGGGAUGAUAUCUUUGGCACCCUCAUCCUACUUUUCUUCCUGUCUUCUGUUCCUCAGUCCGGGACAUUAACAUCUCCCUGUGGCGGACCCCAGAGGAAGUGAAACAUGACAAGAGUGUCUUCAUGAACCAGGGGGAAUGGGAGCUUCUGCACGUUCUCAGCCAGUUCCGAGAGUUCAGUGUUGGUGACAGCGACUUCUAUGCUGAGAUGAAGUUCUUUGUAAGAAGUUCUGGCGGGCUGGGCAGGGGUGGUGGGUGGGAGCCAGAAACAGAAUCUUCAGUGCAUAUUAUUUGUUAAAAAAGGCUGGAGGUGGAAGAGUGGUGCAAAGCUCUGGUGAUGAGAUGCUGCUGCUGCAGGUUUCUUGCUAGUUUUCAAAAGAAGGAGGGAGGAGAAAUGGGUUUUCUCUAAACUGGAGCUACCUGAAUCCAGAAGGGGAAAAAAGAUGCUUCAGUAUCAGCAUGAGGAGAGUCAAUCUGCUGCAGGUUGUGACCUAUACCUUAUAGAAGCAGAGGGUUGUAGCCAGCUAACUUCUUCUCAGCACAGACCUACUGAAAUUCAUGAGCCUAAGUUAUCCAUGCCUCUUAAUUUCAGUGGUCUACUCUGAGUGUGACGUGUCAUUGGAGGCAAGCCACAGGAACUACAGCUCAACUGAAACAAUUCAUUCAGAAAGGCCAUAAGGCACCCCAAAAUUUUUGUGUGAUUUUUGGCACUGCUUGCCAAACAUCAUUUAUCAACUUUACCCUCACCCUCAUUUUCCCUCUUUUGUCCUUGGUCACUACAUCAUGUAGCAGCAUUCAAUUGCUUUGUGGCAUUGUGCUCCAGGACUGCAGAACAUCAUGUUUGAUGACUUCUUAGAAGGCUGAAUUUCUAAGAUAUCAUUAAUUUCUUUUCCUGGUUUUUUCCUGAGCAUUCCUUUUCUUAAAAUGCACGUUCAGAGAAAAUGGGGCCUCUUCCUGCAAUAUAUCUCAUAACAUAUAUAUAUGUAAUCUUUUUUAAGUGCUUUUUUUUAAGGAAAAAUGAUGUUGGUACUCACCAUGAAGUUGUUACAGUAAGUGCCACACUUAAUUUUUUUAAAAAAAAUCUUUACUGGAAAUUCAAAAAGUGCAUAAUUAUGUGUGCACUAAACAUGGUGAGACUUAAAUAAAAGAGAGAAAGAGAGAAAGAGAAACAGAACCUGUGUAGAAGGGAAAAUAAAGGGGGGAGGGGGGAAAACAUACCCAAAGCUGUAUAUUUUACAAGGUUGUUAUUGUACUUCAUGAGAUCUUAACCUACUUCAGUAUUUGUAAGAAUGGAUUCCAUUCCAAUUUUUUGGCGAGGGAAGGUACCAGUACUGUGUUUCCUUGAGUACCCCAGAAAAAAGCACUGAUCUCACCAGAUUCCCCACUUUGAAAUAUUAUACUCAGCUUGGAGAGGUCUUGCAAACCCAGUGCGACUUUUCCUGAAUUCCCUGCUUUUCUAAUAUUAUGAAGGAGAACAUUUUGGGACCAUGCAUUGUGAAAACAUGGGCAGUGGAAUCAGCCAGCCCUGGUCCAGGGAAGGAAGGGUUAACCUUGCCUGACAGGCAGUUUUGCAGCAAGCAAAGGACAUAAAUAUUUCAGCAGCGGGAGGAAAGACUGGGCAGUGAUGCACAUCCCAGAGGACUCCUUGAUGCCCCCCUGCCAGCUUAGCCAGACGCCUGGUGCCAAUGGAGCCCUUGGCUUGUGCCACUUUGCAGCAGCUUAGGAAGCAUUAAAUGGGACGAUGAAUUUGAGGGAGAGCCAGCCACCCAUUAGAGCAUGUCUCAGCUAGACCCAAGGCCCAUGCCUGACUCCUUGUGCCUUGGCAGGUGGUCAUCCGAAGACGCCCCCUCUUUUACGCCGUCAGCCUAUUGCUUCCCAGCAUCUUCCUGAUGGUCAUGGACAUUGUGGGCUUCUACCUGCCCCCUGACAGUGGAGAGAGGGUCUCCUUCAAGAUCACCCUGCUCUUGGGCUACUCUGUUUUCCUGAUCAUUGUCUCUGAUACACUGCCAGCCACGGCUAUUGGGACCCCGCUGAUAGGUAAUAAUAAUAAUUUUAUUAUUUAUACCCUGCCCAUCUGGCUUGGUUUCCCCAGCCACUCUGGGCGGCUUACAGCAUAUCUAAGAACAUAAAACAUCAAGCGUUAAAAAACCUCCCAAUACUUCAGAUGUCUUCGAAAAAGUUGUGUAGUUCUUUAUCUCUUUCACAUCUGAAGGGAGGGCGUUCCACAGAAGGGUGCUGCUACCAAGAAGGCCCUCUGCCUGGUUCCCUGUAGCUUUGCUUCUUGAAAUGAGGGAACCAGCAGAAGAUCCUUGGUGGAGGACCUCAGUGUCUGGGCUGAGCGAUAGGGGUGGAGAUGCUCCUUCAGGUAUACUGGGCUGAGUAAGAUCACAGCAGCCCCACUGACAAAAGCAUGAAUGGGAUGAAUUGUGCAGCAUGGCUGGUGGUGCCUUGCGUUUAGUGAGUUGUGGGAUAAAACAAGAAAUGGUUAAGAUGUGCUCGUGACAUCAGCCCUAUUAUGAUUAAUUUUUAUUUUAUUUAUUAGUUGCUUUCCAUACACAAAAUGUCUCAAAAAUUGACCUUCAGGUCCAGAAAACCCCAAAACCCCAAAAGCAAAGGCUGAAAAUGCUUAAAUGCAUCAGGAAAUACAACAGCCUAAGUGUUCUCCGUUGGGAUUAUUGGCAAGUUUGCUAGGUAUGCCUUCCUGUUUUUGAGGGUUUUUUUGCAAGCGGUCCUGGAAUGUGGGUCAUGGCCAAUGAACUGCACAGCUUGGGCUACCUACAGCAUCAUCUGGACGUUAUUCCAUGUGUGAUAAGGUGUGGUUGAGGUGCAGAUCUCGGCCCAAAGAGGAAAGGGAGAAAGAAUCUAGGAUAAGAAAUGUUAAAGGAGUUCUCACUGAGGGAGGAUCAACAGCCCCACACAGGGUUUUUGAGGAGCCCCAAAGGCUGAGAUGAGGGGGUGUGAGAAAUGGAGGGCUUGUUUCUGGUGCUAGAAGCUUUAUCUCAUAGAAUCUUUGAAUGGGAAGGGACCAUGAGGAUCAUGCAGGAAUAUGCAGCUAUCCCUUACAGGGAUCGCACCUGCAACCUUGGUGUUAUCAGCGCCACUCUCUAACCAACUGACCUACUUAGCUCAGAAAUGGACUUGGCUGAAGGUCAUGGCUUUCCUCCAACAGGGGUCUAUUUUGUGGUGUGCAUGGCGUUGCUGGUCAUUAGCUUGACCGAGACCAUCCUCAUAGUGCGACUCGUGCAUAAGCAAGAUCUACAGCCUCAUGUACCUGACUGGGUGAAGCGCUGGGUGCUGGAACGGGCCACCAUCCUGCUCUGCAUCCGAGACAGGAACACGUUCUGUCCGGUCCACACUCAGAGCUCUGACAUCUCUGGGAACAUGGAAAACAACGACAGUACAGGUAAGAGCAAGAUCAAAGUCCCAAAUGGGAAUGCAAGCAUGCGAACACUCUGUUCAGACGGAUGCCCAUAUCGAAUGGUACAUUAUUGGGGAUAGAAAGGCUAACUGCAUGAAAGCAGAUGGAGAGCAGGGGGCGAGGGAGAAAAUAGCUGUUAAUAUUUUACUGGGCAAACUGAACAAAAACAGGACAUAAUAUGAGGAGAAAUGAACAGAGAGGUUUGAUCUUAUUUAUAGGCCUUGGAGACAGCAGGGGUAGACAUGCAACCAAACAUACAGGGGACUACAUAGCCAGGUGGCGCUGUCGGUUAAACCACAGAGCCUAGGACUUGCCGAUCAGAAGGUCAGCGGUUCGAAUCCCUGCGACGGAGUGAGCUCCCAUUGCUUGGUCCCAGCUCCUGCCAACCUAGCAGUUUGAAAGCACAUCAAAGUGCAAGUAGAUAAAUAGGUACCACUCCGGCGGGAAGGUAAACAGCGUUUCUGUGCGCUGCUCUGGUUCACCAGAAGCGGCUUAGUCAUGCUGGCCACAUGACCUGGAAGCUGUACGCCGGCUCCCUCGGCCAAUAAAGUGAGAUAAGUGCAGCAACCCCAGAAUCGGCCAUGACUGGACCUAAUGGUCAGGGGUCCCUUUACCUUACAUAACCAAUCAGAACCUUAGCAAGGAUCAUGCCAACCUGGCUGGUUGCUAGACAACACCUCCUCCACCGCCACCUAUCUUGAUUGGCUGUCUGUCAGCUGCGGCCACCCGUAGGUUCCUAACCGAAUGAUCCUUGCUGUCAUAUUAAGUUAUUGAAAUGAUUGUGAUGAGCGAAGUGGGGAGCUGUUGUGAACUGACCCAUGGCUCUGGCACUUAGGCUGGGACACAGCUCCCCAGUGUGUCCCUCAUAUUUGUUUCAGCUUUACCAACCAUUUCCUUUACCUCUCUCCAGCCAAACUGAACCACUACAGCUGUGAAAGCACACGUGACUUCGAAGGAGGAGCAAGUGGUACUAUGACCCAGCCACAAGGGGAGAGCUCGCUGGUGGUUGAAAGUAUCCUGCAAGAGAUUGCAGCCAUCCGCCAGUUUCUGGAGAAGCGGGAUGAAUUCCGUGACAUUGCCCGUGAAUGGCUGCAGGUGGGCUACGUCCUGGAUGUUCUUCUUUUCCGGGCAUACCUAGUAGCUGUGCUGGCCUAUAGCAUCACAUUGGGCACUCUGUGGUCCAUCUGGCAAUACGCCUGA